UCUUCAGGUGGCAUAGGGAAUAGGGCGUCUGAUUCCCGCAGCCCUGCGCCAGGUUCCAGAACCCUCACCCUUGGGGAGGUAAAGCAUUGCUCCUAGCGAGGCAGGGUGCUGAGAGAGGCUGCACCCCUUAGCAUCUCGUUCCAUCCCCUGCCUUCUGACCCAGGCUGAAGGCGGCCAAUCAGGAUCCUGGGCAUGUAAGAGUGGGAAUGGGCAUCCUAUCCUGGGUCCCCUACACAGGCUCCUGCAGCUCCCCCUUCCUCCCCUUGGGAUGGGAGGCAGUUGUGGGGGAGAGGAAAGGAAGUGGGAACUGGAUGUAACGGCCCAGCUCUGUGUCCUCGGGCAGGUGACAGCCUCUCUGAGCCUGACGAAAGCAGGGAUAAUCCUCCACCUAAUGGGGUCUCUGGAAGGCUCCUGCCCUUCCUGGAUCUGCUCUCUAGAUGAGGAUACCCUCCACUGUCCCCUGAACCUCCUUUCUCCAGGCUCAGGUGGGACCCAAAUCCGUGUGCUUCCAGGUGGCUGUCUCAGGCUUAGAGGCCCUGGUGGGAAAGGGGCUUCCGGCCCCAAUAUCAAUGUUUAAUCGGAUGUGCAGGUCAAUAUUUACCAGAGGAGAAAGCAUCUGCACAGGGGUUGGCUGAGAGCAAAGGUCCUGGUGGGAGGGGAGGGCUGGGCUGGGCUGGCUGGAGCCGGAGCAGAGCGUGGGGAGCACCCAAGUGUCCCAGAGGGACAUCGUGUGCAGCAGAGAGAAGCCUCAGAGGUAGGAGGGGGAGUGGUAGCGGCCUGCUCCUCGGGCAGGAGAGGAGGAACAUGGCACUGCUCCGGGGGCUCCUGGUACUCAGCUUGUCCUGCCUGCAAGGGCCCUGCUCAGUGUUCUCUCCAGCCAGCGCCGUGGAGCCCUUGAGCCAGCAGAUAGUGACCGGGCCCAGCCAGGAGAAGCUGCCCCCACUUAGCUUCUUCAAGUUGGUCAACCAGGAGCCUGAUGGCAAGACUGACCUGAAGGCGGCCUCAGGAGACUGCACUGAGGCCCCCAGCCCGGAGCAGACCCGCAGGCUGGCCAAGGCCAUGAUGGCCUUCACCACAGACCUCUUCUCCCAGGUGGCCCAGAGUUCCACCCACCCCAACCUCGUCCUGUCGCCUUUGAGUGUGGCUCUGGCGCUGUCUCACCUGGCACUAGGUGCUCAGAACCAAACGCUGCAGAAGUUGCAGAAGGUGCUGCAUGCAGACUCAGGGCCCUGCCUCCCCCACCUGCUGAGCCGCCUCUGCCAGGACCUGGGCCCUGGGGCAUUCCGCAUGGCUGCUAGGAUGUACCUGCAGAAAGGAUUUCCCAUCAAAGAGGACUUCCUGGAACAGUCGGAACAUCUCUUUGGCGCAAAGCCCAUCAACCUGAUGGGAAAGAAGGGGGAUGACUUGGCAAACAUCAACAACUGGGUGAAGGAGGCCACGGAGGGGAAGAUUGAGGACUUCCUCUCGGAGAUGGCGGAUGACACCGUGCUGCUCCUCCUCAACGUCAUCCAUUUCCAGGGUUUCUGGAAGAGCAAGUUCGACCCGAGCCUCACCCAGAGAGGAACUUUCCACCUGGACGGGCAGUUCACGGUGCCGGUGGACAUGAUGCAGGCCCGCAUGUACCCCCUGCGCUGGACCUUGCUGGAGCAGCCCUCGAUACAGGUGGCUCACUUCCCCUUUAAGAACAACAUGAGCUUUGUGGUCAUCGUGCCCACCUCCUUUGAGUGGAAUGUGUCCCAGGUGCUGGCCAACCUGAGCUGGGACAUCCUGCAUCAGCCCUUGCUUUGGGAGCGGCCCACCAAGGUCCAGCUGCCUAAGCUGCACCUGAAAUAUCAGCUGGACCUGGUGGCCACCCUCAGCCAGCUGGGCCUGCAGGAGCUGUUUCAGAACCCGGACCUCAGUGGGAUCUCGGACGAGAGCUUGGUGGUGUCCAGCGUCCAGCAUCAGUCCACUUUGGAGCUCAGCGAGGCCGGCGUGGAGGCGGCCGCGGCCACCAGCUUGGCCAUGUCCCGCAUGUCCCUCUCCACCUUCAGCGUGAACCGCCCCUUCCUCUUCUUCAUCCUCGAAGACACCACGAGCCUGCCCCUCUUUGUGGGCAGCGUGAGGAACCCCAACCCAGGUGCGCAGCGGGAGCACAAGGAACAGCAGGAUUCCCCCGACAGCAGGGACCUCUUCCCGGACCUGAAAGACUUCGUCCGCGGUGACAAGCCCUUCGACCCUGACUUGAAACUGGAGCCCCUCUUCGAGGAGGAUUACCCCCAAUUUAGUAGCCCCAAGUGA